UUUGAUGCUAUACAAUAGUUUUCGUGGGAAAUAAAUUGUUGACCCGAUUUAUAAAGAUCUGAAAGAUUUGAGGAAGAAAGCGGUGAAAAUGAUUGAACAUUAUAGUACAUAUCAUGAAUUACUUAAUUACUCUAUGACAGAUAAAAAAGAGAGUUAAAUAGUAAACUAAACAACCAAGCCCACAGGUAACAUUUUUCGUUGGACAUAAAGUAGUAACAAAACCACGAGCUCCCCGAUUAUAACAAUACUUGCGGCUUCCUUUUUGUAACUUAUAAUACUUGCGGCUUCUGCAGCCACUGGUUUACGUUAUGUACCACUUUCUCGAUUCUCACCUUUAUAAGCGCAACGCUCCACGAAACUCUCCAAGCACAUUAAUUUUUCAGAGCUAAAGAUAAUAUACACUGUUAUUAAAAAGAGAUACAUAAAAAGAUGAACGCCGGAAAGCAAGCUUCGUGGACGGUGGCGACUGUGAUCGCAGUGGUGGAAGUGCUCAAGGACCAAGGCGUUGCUCGCUGGAACUACCCUCUCCGUUUACUCCACAAAAACGCCAUGGCUCAUGUCCGUACCAUCAUUAUCCCAUCUCGCUCCUCUCCUUCUCCUCCUCCUCCCGCAACUUCUUCUUCGUCGGCUGAUAUUAUCAGAUCCAAACAGCACAUGACCAAGUCCUUUGAGAAAGCUAUGGGGCUUAGCUGCUUUGGUCCCACCACCGUUAGAUUUUAGAGAUUUUAAAUCUCCUAUUGUAUUCUUGUAUUCAUGUUCCUAUUCCAGUGUACUUCUCUAUAUGACUUUUAGGCCCACCACAGCUUCAACUUGGAACCAUUCAUAAGUUUCAAACAAAUUUUAUCAGUUUUGAAAGUAAUUUGCCGGUGAA